UUACAGUUCCUCCAAACGGUAGAUGAUUGCUACGGAUUUAAAGAAUGAUAUUCUACUAACAGCAGCCAGUAUUCGUUCAACAGUUUUUGCGAACAUGUCGUUGACGCUUACUUUGACCGGCACCAGUAGCACUCUUGCAGUGAGCUACUUUCCAGCUAUAGAUUUAAGCGAAGAUGAUUAUGAGCUCGGUUUAACGGAUUUUGAAUCGUACAACACGAUACCGAACGUAACUUUGUCGAAUAAUAAGUUUUACUAUGGCGAUAACGACGAAGAAAUUGUGAUUCCUGAAGGAUCGUACGAAUUGUCUGCAAUACAAUUAUUUAAAACGUACAAUUUUACAAUCUCAAAAAACAGUGCAGGCGAAAACUAA